UUCUUAACAGACAAGGAAUCAGAGAAAUGGUUCGUUACAUCUCCAUAUUGAUUAAUGAGCCUAACUAUCCCAGAAAGACUAGAUUCCGACUUAUAAUUCGCUCUUUAUUUUGAAAUAUAGAAUAGCUCUCAGGAGCUGGGAAACCCUUUUACCAAUGCAGGACAAGAUCUCCGGUAAUCAAUCCUAUUGUUAAACAUCUUCCAUAAGAACAAGGCCAAAGUCAAAAUUCUUAUCUCUUUCAAAGAGUCCAGUCCGAUCAAAUUCAGCCUUAUCGUACAAACGAAGUCACUGGUGUGAUGUGUAUUCAUUUUUAAUAGAAAAUAUUUGGAUACGUUCGUUUGUACCCUCUCAAUCACGAGAUCAGUGGAUUGAUCCAGGUGACCAAACAAUACUUGCUUACUCCAAACCAAAUGACAACAAACGAGUGAUCGGUAGAGGAUUUUUACGGCAAAUACGUUUUUCAAAUCUACCAUCUGCCUUUUAAAGAAGCCAAAAUUUUUCAAAGUUUUUUUUUAUCAGUUUCAAGGUGUUUUUUUAAAAAAAUAGUAUAAUCCCACUACUCAAGGAAAUUUUUAAUUGUGCUAAUAUUAAAAUAUGUGUUAGCUAAAAAAAGUAAAGGUCAUCUUGCAUUAACUCUCUCUUCUCACACCUAUGGGAAUCAACACUAACAUAACAAAGAAAAAAAUCUCGGCUUAUUUGCAUAUAAUCAUUCUAUGUAAAAUCCACUUUAGUUUUCCAACUUCAGUGCAAACGGUCUAUUGUUCUCAAUAAUAUUUAUAUUUACAAUUUUUGAAAAAAAUUUAAUAUUUUGCUGAAAUACUAAAAAAUUCUGGUCUUAGAAAUAAAACAGCCAAAAUAUUUAAAUAAAGUCUUUUUUUUACGAGUAGUAUAAAAGACAAAUUAUUUUAAUUAUUACAUUUAAGAAAUUAUUAUUAUUUUAUUGUUUGUGUGAUUGUGAGACCAGGAAUGUCGGUUAUUUGGAUUUUAGUACUAAUCAUUUUUAUUCUUGAUCAAAAAAGUAGAAAGUUUUCCUACUGUGUCCGUUGGGUAUACUUUCUUACAUUGUGCUUGAUUGCCGGCACAGUUGCUUUUCCAUAUUUUGUCUUCAAAAAGAACAACCCAAGAAAUCUCUGGAUGUUUGGACACUUAUCGGACAUCAUUUUCUGGUUGAUGGGUAUACAAUUUGAAUUAAGAUCUGACGGAAAAUCAAAGGUAGAUGGUCAUGGAAUCAUUGUUGUAAAUCAUCAAUCCACCAUUGAUGCUUUAUGCUCAACCAAGAUGUAUAGACAUUAUGGGGACUGUGUCGGAGUGGCGAGGAAGGAGAUAAAAUAUCUUGGCCUUAUGGGACCUUCGAUGGUUAUGGGCGGUUACAUUUUUAUAAACAGGGGCAAUAAAGAAUCAGCGAUUAAAGAAAUAUCCAAAGGAAUCGCUAAUCAUUUAAGAAAUUAUAAAGAUGGCAAAGUAAUAAUUUUUCCUGAAGGGACGAGGAACAAGAUCGGAAGUGAAUUUUUACCAUUUAAAAAAGGAGCUUUUCGAGCUGCCAUCGACAAUCAAGUGCCAAUCUUUCCUUGUGUUAUAUCACCGCUUAAUUUUAUCAAAAAGGACAAAUAUUUCAACAAAGGUAAAAUAAUAGUUACUCAGUUGGAGCCUAUACCUACUGUCGGCAUGACAGCAGAAGACAUAGAUUCCUUAAUAGAAAAAACAAGAAAUGUCAUGGCAAUAGAAUAUAAAAAAUUAGGUGAUGAGCUAUAUCCUAAAAGUUUGUAACAAGCUGAAAAUGCUUAAAUUAUGUAAUUAAAAAUUAAUUUAAUAAAUA